AGGUGGGAAAACGUACGACAUAUCCGUUCAGAUGCAGACAGUGGUGGAUAACGGGGAAUCGCCCCGAGCCAAAUACAGUGCAGUGCGGCCCUUUCGCUCUCCGGCUCCUUCGAGCUCCAGCCGUUGUUUCCGAAAGGGCUCUUCUCACUGAGGGACGCCGCUGAGAAGAGGCCCAAGCGCUCCGAGGCUUUCUCUUGAGUAGCGAAUGAGGCUCCUCUACUGACAGUCGGGGGGCUCGAAGAUAUGGAGCUACCCAAGGUGAGCCUUUCCAAAGCUGUCCUUGGCCAUGGGGGCUAUGACUCUGAUUUUAGUGAUGAUGAAACAGGAGGUAAAUCUGACCAGAGGAAAAACAGCACUGAAGAUGCAUUACUCAAAAAAUCGUUCCAGAAAGAAAAGCACACCAAGGUGGCUCACAGACAGGUGGCAACAGAUGAAUGGGACAGGGAAGAAGCAAGAAAUCGAAGAUUCCAUUUAAUAGCAAUGGAUGCUUAUGCAAGACAUAAGAAAUUUGUGAAUGACUAUAUUUUAUACUAUGGUGGUAAGAAAGAAGACUUCAAACGAUCAGUAGAAAAUGAUAAGACUGACCUUGAUAUAGUAAGAGAAAACCACAGAUUCUUAUGGAGAGAAGAAGAUGAAAUUGACAUGAACUGGGAGAAGAGACUUAGCAAGAAAUACUAUGAUAAAUUAUUCAAGGAGUACUGCAUAGCAGAUCUAAGUAAAUACAAAGAGAACAAGUUUGGGCUUAGAUGGAGACAUGAGAAAGAGGUUAUUUCAGGAAAAGGUCAGUUUUCCUGUGGAAAUAAGCACUGUGAUGAAAAAGAAGGCUUGAAGAGCUGGGAGGUGAAUUUUGGUUAUGUUGAGCAUGAUGAAAAGAAAAAUGCACUUGUGAAAUUAAGGCUGUGUCCAGAAUGCUCUUACAAAUUAAAUUUUCAUCACAGGAAAAGGGAAGUCAAACCUACAAAGAGGAGAGAGAGCGCAGACCAAAGCUCUGAACGGUUAACGUGUAAGAGGUCAAGAUUGCCUUCACCACACAGACACAAGUCAAAGAAAAAAAGGAACCAUAAUGAUCCUAAAUCAUGGUCACAUUGUUUAACAGAUUCAGGCAAUACUUAUCAGCCAGAUGGUCCCUCAGAUGCUGAUUUUUGGAAGGGUCCUCCACAGGAGAUAGAAGAAAAAACAUGGGAAGAAGAAUUUGAUGAAUACUUUCAAGAUCUGUUUCUCUAAAAUGUGAUGUUGAACUCUGAAAGCUUGCAAAGCGUCAGAAUCUGUAAAUAAUUAUCAGGCUUUCAUACAUCAUAUGCUUGCUUGCUUUUGUUUUUUGAUAGUGAAGUGAUAUAGUAACAUCACAUUUGGUUUUAAAUGCAAAGUUACUGUACCACUUCACUAUGUAUACUUUGAGUAAAUCUACUUGUGCAUUUAUGUACUUUCCAGGGUUUCCAAUCCAGUUAGCAGUGAAUGGAUGGUAAUCUUGCUUUACAGUGUAAAGUGUAAUUCUGAGCAUGCAACAAGAAAAAAGCACACAAAAAAUUGACUCUUCCCUCUCUACAAUUCAAAUUGCAGCAUAAUUUGAACCUAUUUUACCGUAUGUCUCUUUAUAAUAUGCACAAAACAAGGACAUUGUUUAGUUCCCAAGUCAUGGGAAAUCAGAAGGGGUUUUUAUUGGAAUAUUCUUGAAGUAAAGUUGCUGUUCUCCAUCUGAGAAAACACAAUGGUAUAUAAAGUCCUUAUUUUAAGAGUGGGCACUUGGAUAUACCAUGUAAUAAAAGAUCUGAAAUUUUUAAAAACCUCACCUUUAAUUUAACAUAUUCAUAAACAAGUUUUUACAUCCACAAAUGACAGUACCUCCUUCUGCACAAUGAAUGUUUCUAAAAAAAUUACAUUUCCCACAAUCCAUGCAUACAGAAAAGAUUGUAUAGAGAGAAAUAUUAAAAGUGUUCUUGAAUACUAAAGAAAUGUAGCCUUUUGUAAGGGAAGGAUUCUUUAGGUAAGGGGGUGGAUUUAAAGGUUAAUUCUUUGUCAUCUUGCAAGCUUCAUUGGGAGUUAAAUCCAAUAAAAGCAAUCAGCUUAUAUUUGUGUAACUUGCCUUUACAAGAAUCCAUUGCUAUAUCUGUCAUUCCAAAAACUGUAAAAUGUCUGCUGUGAAUGACUAAUUUGCUUUAAGAUCCUUACAAUGCCAUUAUAAAAAGGUACUGUACAUGAUUAAUAUGCUGAAUUUUGUUUAAUACAAAGAUUUUGAUUAACAGCACACUUAGUGUAAAUCUAUGUAUAGCGCUAUAUAUAGCACAGAAAUGUAUUUAUAUAAUUUUAUGGCAUUUUAAAAGUCUGCACAAAAUAUUUGGCCCAGUAAUCAAGGAUAAAACAAAAUAGAAAUUUAAUACAUCACUAUAUAAUUUGGUUAUUCAUACACAUUUUCUCUCAACAUUCUUAGAAGCAUUUUUGUACCAUAUUGGAAGUGCAUGUGAGAAGGUACUAUGCAAUUUUAUUUCAUCACUGUUCUAAAGGUAUUUGGAGAUAGAUAAUGGCAAACUUACACUCCAGUCCUGUACAUGUAUAUUCAGAAUAAACUCCCACUGAAUUCAGUAGAUCAUAAUUCCAGAUAAUCGGGUAUAGGCUUGCACCAUUAAUGAAGUAUUUUAUAUUGAUGUGGUUGAGCAUCAUAGUUAUAACACAUUCUGAAAAGUUAUUGCAGUCUUGUUUUAAAACCAUAACCCUUGUGCACUGCAGAUAAGUAUACAUGAGACAAACAUUUGUCUUCAUGAAACAUCUUUUCCUUGUCUUUGUCAUGUCCUACCUGGAGAAGGAAUCUUCAGAUGAAGAGUGGCCAGCACAGUGGGAGCCAGCCACAGUCGGAGAAAUGGACUGAGACUACAACUUGACUGCCUUCCAUUAGCGGAGCAGCCAGGACCCUCUUGGGCAGUCCCUGGAUUUCCCUAAGGGUAGAAGCCAAAGUCAGAAGGAAUUCCCCUCAUAGGAAGGAGGAGUUGACAGAUCCCUCAGAAGUCCAAGCAGCAGGCUGAGUGUGGAAUCUCCUGUAAAACAGCACACUGACCUAAUUAGCCAGCUGUGCUGAUGUACAGCUGGCCAUAAAUUAGAUCAGCCAGAGUCUGCUCUUCGUGGGAAACAACAAGAAUUGUUAUCACUGUGUUUGGCUUUAAGACUACUCAGAUUCCCAGACUUUCAGCUUGCUUCUUGGACAUUCUUUUGGAUACCCCUGCCUUUGGAUGCACAAACCGUACAGCCUUGUCCUUUGACUAUUUCUUGAAAGGUAACAUGGAGAUUUGGCAUUUGUGCGCACAGAGCAGAACAAGCCUGUUGUCCUAAGCAGACUCUGAAAAGAUCCACUAAUAUAGAUUGGAUGGUAAGUCCAUGUAGAAAACAUUUCUUCCAUUACUGACCACUUGUAUAGAUUUCAUGGGAGAUGAAAUAGCCAAUAUUGAACAUCAUUCUUCAGGUAUUUUCCUGUUGUUUGUGGGAGCAGGAUUUCAAGGACAAAUUCCACCACCUUGUGAUUUUUCAUUUGAGCCAUAAACAUGGACAUCAUAUAGAAAUCCCUCAGAAUGACUACAGCUCCCCAAUUCAUAUAUACAUACAAGUUUUCUGUAUUUAUCUGGAGUUCCCCUGUUAGUAGUACCUUGGCUGACAUGCAGCUUCUGAAGCUGCUUUUCAGAAAAGCACAGCUGGUGACAGGGAAAACUAGGCAGUGAAAAAGCUGCAUUCAGGGAUUCUAGAGUAUGGGAAGGGUAGGACUGGACUGGGAGAGGUUUUGAUUUUACAUUGAGUGUGUGCUGUUGCUAGUUCAAAGACUGAACUGUUAAUGGGGCAGGGGGAGAAGUGAUAGUGGUUUUUUUGUUUUGUUUUGUUCUGGCAACUGUCCUUGCAUAGUAAUUUGGUAUAUAGACAGUAUUCCUUAUGUUACCUUUGUUACUUCAGCAGCACUAAUGGGAGUCACCAUAUCAGUGUCACUCUUCCCCAAAAUAGGGCAAAUACUGAAGUGGGGAUGAACCACAGCAUGGAUUAUUUCCAUGUGGUCCAGGGUUUCUGAUGUUAUUUCUCUCUAUAAGGUGGGAAAGGGACACUCAGUUGUGACUUCCAUGCCAUAAUAAUAAUGUGAGUUAAUGUGCAAGUGUGCCUACCGUUUUUUCCAUAGGAUGUCAUAAACCCAUUUAUACAAAAUAGUGGACACAGAUCUACCAUCUCCCCUGAAAUGACAAGGACAAUUGUGGGUGGGUGAGCAUGGUGUAUGUAUGCUUAGAAAAUCAUUGGCUCAAUAAUUCAGUAAAAAUAAGGUUAAACUUUAAAAUAUUUGCUAAAUUAUUUUUGAGAGAACAUUGUGUCUGUGUCGUUCCUAACAGCUCAACAGUCUGGCAUAAGAGACAAAAUGCUAAAAAUUGCAAUGUUCAGCUUGUUGUAAUAAGUGGCUUUUCAAACCUUUUGUAGGAAUAGUUGAAGUCUGUGGGUCAUUUGACUCAGUAAAACCUCUGCUUCUGUGAGGUCAAAUGGCUUCUCUUUUUAAAUAGCUUUUAAACAUAUACUAGAAUCAUUUGUUUCACUUUAAUUUCUGCAUAAUAAUAAUGGAUUAAAAACAUCUAAUACUUUUAGAAGCUAAUUUUGUGCAUUUUAUUAUACUCUUCUGUGUAUUGUCACAUUGAGCCCACUGUGUGCAGGCAUAAAAGACAGACAAACAUGGUGCUUCCUUGCUAAUAAUAACCAAUGCAAAUAGAAAUGACUAUAGAAUUUGAUAGGGAAAUCUAUUCCAUCUGCAAUUCGCAGUGUCUCGGGGGCUUUUUGCUCUCUUGUCCACUUACUGAUUGAAUCAGAGUUUGUGCAAAUGCUUUAUUUUUAUUUUUAUUUUUGGCAUCUAUGGAAAUUUGCAUUUUGGAAAAUGCACAAACUUCCUCAAAUAUGCAUCUGUGAAUUUUAGUUUAAGGGGGAAAAUGCCCAUUUCCAGUCAGUAUUUUUCUAAUAUUAAAACUGAAUAAGAGUUCAGAAAGUCCAAAAAAAGAUCUUGUCUGCAAGUCCAUGGAAUCUAUGCAGCUCAGGAACAUCUGAUCUGCUGUGAAAACUACAGGUAAAUUCAUGAAAAUUAAACACAUAUGAAUCCAUCACAGAUAUCACCAGUAUCCAUAUGCACCUUACAAUUAUAUUUGGGAUACUCAAAUCAACCAGUGGAGUGGAAGUAGUUCUAUGUCAUUUCACAGAGCACAUACCUGAAGAUCUAGGGGUGUGAGUUGGGAGUAGCACAAAACCUACUGUGGGUUGUGCAUCUUCCAACAGUUCAUUUCAUCAGCCAGUAUUGGCAAGGGGUUCCCUACUGGGUAGUGGCUUGCACUGUAAAAGGGUUGGUUCAUAUCUGAUUGGAACACGACUUGUAUCUUUUUCAGAAUUUGGGAAAACCAAAUGGUACUUUAAAAGAUACUAUAAGAGCGUGUGUGACCUGCAGUUCCUGUUUUCCCCAGUUAUCCUGGAAUAAGCUAAUAAAAAGCAAAAAAAGUGUUAAGAUAUCAGCUCGUGACUUCCAUUCCACCCGAUUGUUUUGAAGACCAUCAAACAUAGGUGUAAUUUCCCUGUGGAACCUUGAGAAUUCCUAAGUAAACAGGCAAUUCAUGGAAUGACCACUCAUGGUAAAAAGAUGUUGAAUUUGUGGUGGCAACAGAUAUUUCUGAUAAAUACAAAUAACCUUUAGCUUGACAAGUGUAGUGUCAUAAGUUUAAUGUUACAAACUUCAGGGCAAUCUUAUGGUCCCCCAGCAUUGUCUGAGGAGCCAAAGGAUUAUUUGGAAUCCCAACUCUGAAAUCCUGCAGUCCCAGAACUGGGACUCUACUGGCUGAGCCUGUGCCUUGCCCACCUCACAGCUGCUGCAGAAAGAACCAUGCCAGCUUCCCCCUUCCAGCAUGAAUUGGAGAAAAAGGGGCAUGCCAAGAGAGAGGAAUGGAAUGGAAUAGGGGAUGCUGAGGCCAAGGCCUUAGGCUGAUUCUGGCACUUUAUAUAGAUGGUCAAAAACAGCCAAUGGGACUUCAGAAAGGGAGCUCUGCUAACUUAUGCUGUUCUAAAAGUCAUAUGAAGUAACUUUGGAUAGUUUCUUAGUUUAUGCUAGCAAGUGCUAUUUUCUUCAAGCACUAGCAGUCAUAUCUGCUAUAGUGGCAUGCUGAGCACACUAGAAUUGCUAGCACUGGUUACUGCACAUAAUUUCAAAAAAAGUGAAUAACAUAGGUUAAAAAUAUCUUACCUUGUACACAAAACUGCACACAAAAUCUAUGAAACCAACUUGUAGCUUGGGCAAUUCCUCGCUUUUGUUCCUGUCCAUCAUAGGCUAUAAAGAAAUUAAGAUUCAGUGGAAAUAGGUUUAUGAUCAAUUACUUGAACAGAAAAACUGUAUAAUUUGUUAAACUACUUACAAUUGGCUGUUGCUGUAGGACAGUUCGUUCAAGAUCACCUUGCUCCCAGAAUUCAUUUGCAACCAUGAUUGCAACCUGGGGAAUAAAUUAUUAUUAUUUUCAGGUUCUGAUCUGUGCAGUAAUUAUACUGGAACAGCAUUCACUCUGCCCUCUCUGUAAGAAUGCAUUGCUUUCCCUUGUAGAGAGGAAAGCUUUUCCCAGCUAGCAUUCACCCAUCAGGAAUCAUGGGCCACCUGUUUUAAAUGGAUACAAAGAGAUCCAGUUACUCUUGACAGCUGCCAGAAGGUGUGCUUGAAGAAAAUGAGUCUUAAGGGGUAUUUGCACAAAAAAAGAAUAUUGGAGGGGAUUGGCAUCUAUUUCACACAAGUGUGGUUAUUCGCCCUCCACCACCUCAUUAGUCCCCAUCUCACACAUUUUGUACCUUGUCCUGAGUUUCUAGGUGUUUAAGAAAGGGCAAACAUGAUUUCGAAGUUAGCAAUGGUUGUUUUUUGACUGGGACAUAUGGCAGUGCAUAUUUCAGUCAAAAUAAAAACAAUUUUGUUGUGCAAAAAUGUAUUUGAAAAAGAGGAUUGGCAACUAUGAACACAUUGAAGGAACGGUCUGCACCUGUCAAAAAUGGAGAACAUGUAAGUUGUUGAGCCAGUUUUCACAAUUACCUGAAAAAAAUCUAGAAAUAAAAAAGCAACAACUAGUCCCAGGCAGUUCAUGAUCAUAGCAGCGAUUGCAAAACAACUAAUUCCUCCACCGGUGUCAACAGGAUACCUUCAGGAUGGCCAGUGGGGGAAGAGGGACCAACAGCACGGAUGACUUAAUGUCUGUCAGGCACAUUGUACUUUCUUGUGUAAAACCCCAUUCAGCGUGGCUUAUUGCCAGAGUGGGUUAGUAUGACAUCUGAACACAUCCAGUGCAUAUCUGAAUAUGGGUUACUGUAUCAUGCAAACAAUAGCAAAGAACUUUCCUCUUUCAUGUCCUAGGACAGGGCAUUACAUUUUCUGGCUGGCCACUGUUGCAAGUGGAAUGUCUGGGCUAGAUAGAUCUUUGUUCUGAUCUAGCAGGAUUGUUCAUAUGGUUUUCUCCCUAAUUGAUGAAUUUCUGCUUUGUUAUUGUUGCAAGCUGUAAGGAAUUAGAUAUUUUAUGUGAAUAAAUUCUUAGUCAUACUUAUCUCUGAAGAAACCCACCUUACUUUGUACCUCCCAAGGUUUUGUGAUAGCAGAUAAGUCACAGCCAGUCAUCAUCAUAGCCCUUUAAAUAAAGACAACAGAUUAGAGAAAGAGAAAAAAAAAUCUAGUAUCCCAUAUUAAAGAAAUAAGAAAAUUAAAAUGACCUACAUGAUUACUUCUUUUUUGGUUGGAUCCAUACUUAUAUAUUUAAUUGCAUCCUCUUCUUUUUCCAUUUUUUCAAUUGCAUCCACAAUCUUUUGAAACAUAGUCCUUUUCCUGUGAAAGUAGAAUGGCUAUUACACAUGUGGGUGUUUUUUAUUACCUUCUUGAGCACUGUAAUUUCCAGAUGCAACAGUUAGACUUCUGAAACUGGUUUCUGAUGCUCAAGAACAAGGAGCCCUGACUGAAAUUAGGGAAGUAAAGUUUGAUCAUGCUGUGAGUCUCAGCAAUCAGCUGUAGUCAUUGAUUUCGAUUAACAAGUCACUCAGAAUAUUCCUAUGCCGUUAUAUAUAUUUUUUUACUGUUUUAUGAAUAUGUUUAUUAAAAUCAGGGUUUUUCCACACAAUCAUUUUGUGCUUGUAAUUAUAGUAUUGAGCUGAUUUCCAGCAGAAUCGUAUUAUCCUUGGUUUUCUGGCAUCUUAAAUAUAUACCAGUGCAUAGUGUCCAUUACACUUGAAUUGCCUUUUUCACACUAGGCAGUAUUCCUAUUAGACUAUUAAAGGUUCUAUUCAGUA